CUAUCUCUCUCUGAUUUUCUUUUUCUAAAUUUUCGUACUUUCUCUCUCUAGAUCGAAGGCCGGCUCGAAUUCGCUAUUGCUUCUCCCUUCGGUGGUGGGUGGAUCUGAGGUUUGGUUGGAUCGAUUAUUUGGGAUUGGGAAAGCCCUAGAAGUGGAAUUGAAUUGUGGUUGUGAGGAAUUAGGGUUUGAGUUUUUUUCGCGCAGCAAACAGUGGGGGCUGGGGUUUCGGAUCGAUCUAGGGUUUUGUGGGGCUGCGAAUUGGUGAGGAAUUGAGGUAGGGUGAAUUGGUGGCGUGCGAAUAGAGGUUUGGAAUUGAUGUUACUCGUGGUAGGGAUCGAAGGAGGGAUUGGGGAACAUGCAAGGCUAUGCAUGGGCUGGCUGCUGAGGAAGGGAAACGGAGUCGGCACGUGUGGACAAUCCCCACGCGUUCGAUCGUAGCUGCCACGGCGGAUGGUUCUUCUUCCUCGACUUUGUCUUCAGCUAAUUCUUUUUCCAAGGAUGGGCGCAAGAUCAGUGUUGGUGAGACUGCUCUUUUCAAACCAGCUCAGGAUUCCCCACCUUUUGUUGGACUAAUUCAUUGGUUGACCGUGAGUAAAGAGAAUAAGAUAACAUUAGGUGUGAAUUGGCUCUAUCGGCCUGCUGAAGUAAAGCUUGGCAAAGGCGUGCUGUUAGAAGCUGCGCCAAACGAAAUCUUUUACUCCUUUCAUAAGGAUGAGAUUUCUGCCGAAUCGUUACUGCAUCCUUGUAAAGUUGCUUUCCUUCGUAAAGGUGUUGAACUUCCAUCAGGGGUUUCUUCAUUCGUGUGUCGACGGGUUUAUGACAUUACGAACAAGCGUAUAUGGUGGCUAACGGAUCAAGAUUUUAUGAAUGAGCAACAGGAAGAGAUAGAUCAGCUGUUAUAUAAGACUCGGAUACGAAUGCAUGCAACAUUGCAGCCAGGUGGCAGAUCUCCAAAGCCAAUGAGUGGUCCAACAUCAACAUCGCAGUUGAAAGCUGGUUCCGAUAGUGUACAGAAUAGUGCCUCUUCCCUUCCUUCUCAAGUUAAGGGAAAGAAAAGGGAGCGUGCAGAUCAGGGAUCUGAGCCUGUCAAACGAGAGCGUACUACGAAGACUGAUGAUGGGGAUUCUGGUCUUAGCAGAGUAGAAAGCAAUUUAAAAUCUGAAAUUUUAAAAAUUACAGAAAAAGGAGGUCUUAUAGACUCUGAAGGGGUUGAGAGAUUGGUGCAACUCAUGCUGCCUGAAAGAAAUGAGAAAAAAAUAGAUUUAAAUGGGCGGUCAAUGCUUGCUGGUGUUAUAGCAGCCACAGAUAAGUUUGAUUGCCUUGGUCAGUUUGUGCAGCUCAAGGGUGUGCCUGUAUUUGAUGAAUGGCUCCAAGAAGUCCAUAAAGGAAAGAUUGGCGAUGGUGAAAAAAAUGUUGAGGAGUUUCUCUUGGUUUUGCUUCGGGCUCUUGAUAAGCUGCCUGUAAAUCUUCAUGCCUUACAAAUGUGCAACAUUGGAAAGUCUGUGAAUCAUUUACGCACUCAUAAGAACUUGGAAAUCCAGAAGAAAGCAAGGAGUUUAGUUGACACAUGGAAAAGACGGGUUGAGGCCGAAAUGAACAUCAAUGAUUCAAAGUCUGGUUCAAAUCAGGCUGUUCCCUGGUCUUCAAGACUGCGCCUUCCUGAAGUUUCACAUGGUGGUAACAGACACUCUGGCACAUCCACUGAAGCUGUAAUAAAGAGCUCAGUUACACAGCUCUCUGCAUCUAAAACUGCCUCGGUUAAGCUUAUCCAGGGGGAGAGUGUUACCAGGUCUCCAUCUGCAUCUGCAUCUCCAGGUUCUAUGAAAUCGGUGCCAUCUCCUGCACCAGCAAAUACUAAUGUAAGAGAUGGUCAGAUUCAAAAUGCUGCCGGUGGCACCUCUGAUCUCCCUCUGACAACAGUGAGGGAUGAGAAAAGCAGCAGUUCUAGUCAAUCUCACAACAGUCAAUCAUGUUCUAGUGAUCAUGCUAAAACAGGGGGACUUUCGGUGAAGGAGGAUGCAAGGAGCUCUAGUGCUGGCUCAAUGAAUGGAAAUAAGGUCUCAGGUGGUUCUUCACGGCAUCGGAAAUCGGUCAAUGGAUUUCCUGGCUCAGCUGCAUCUGGAGUUCAAAGGGAAAUCACUUCAAGCAAAAGUUCCUUGCACAAAAAUUCAGCUUCAGAGAAACUAAUACAGUCUGAAAAGACACUUGAUGGGCCCGUCUCUGAGGCUAAUAGUCUCAAAUUGAUUGUGAAGAUUUCAAAUCGAGGCCGUAGUCCAGCACAAAGUGCCAGUGGAGGAUCAGUUGAAGACCCUUCAAUCAUGAAUAGCAGAGCUUCUUCCCCCGUGCUCUCUGAGAAACAUGAUCAGUUUGAUCGUACUCUCAAAGAGAAGAGUGAUACAUAUCGAGCUAAUGUAACUUCAGAUGUGAAUACUGAAUCCUGGCAAAGUAAUGAUUUCAAGGAUGUACUGACUGGGUCUGAUGAUGGUGAUGGAUCCCCUGUAGCCAUUACUGAUGAAGAACGUUGCAGAACUGGUGAAGACAGUAAAAAAAUUGCAAAAGCUAAAGCUGCUUCCUCAUCAUCAGGGAAUGGACUUGAAUCAGCGAAUUUGCAGGAUGCUUCUUUGCGCUCUAUAAAUGCUUUAAUUGAUAGUUGUGUAAAGUACUCUGAAACUAAUGCAUCUAUGUCCAUUGGGGAUGAUGUUGGAAUGAACCUCCUUGCCAGUGUGGCAGCUGGUGAGAUGUCCAAGUCAGAUUUGGUUUCACCCAUCAAUUCUCCACUAAGAAACACACCUACAGUUGAGCACUGCUGCACAGACAGUGAUCCCAAAGUUAAAGUUAAAUCAUCUUUGGUAGAUGACUUUACUAGAGAAGAAAGUCAGUCUCAUGAUGGUGCUGAUGAAGAUCAUGAGAAGCAGGGUGUUAUUUCCACUAAUCUUAGACCUAAAGUUGGAGAAGAUAGUUCUGUCGAUUUGGUUUCCGAGGAGAAACCAAUGGGAGAGUACCCUGGAUAUUUAACUUCUUCUGGUAGGGAUUUACAACAAACUGCAAAGGCAUGUGUAGAGAGUGAUGGAAAAUCUGCUGAAAUAAAAGUAGCUACAUCAAUGGCUUCCUCCACUGCAAGCACUGUAGAGAAAACUAUGAAUAUUGAAGGAAGCCAACCACCUCAGGAGAAAAAGAUGGAUGGUGCGGUGAGUAUGGGUGCCACUCCAGAUGUUAAAGAAAAAGCAAGUUGCUCUUUGCUGAAAGAAGAUGAUGGCAAGGAUGAAAUUGUAAGUCUUAAGGUUGAGAUGAAAGCCGUUGAAGGGUUGGGUGAUGCUGUGCAGACUGAGCAGAAGCCUUCUGCAUCCAUGAUGCAUUCUGAUGAUGUGAAAGGAAGCAAUCAAGAAGUGGUGCUUCCUUCUGGUGGUGGGAAAGAUGUGCUGUCAGAAAAUGUCAGUAAACUGAAGGCUGAAAAUAUUGAGGAAACAGAUGUGAGGGGUUUUGUGAGUCAGAUUGACGAUCGUAGAAAUGAGCAGGACAGUAAUGCUUUUUCAAGUCCAGAGAAUCGAAUUUCAGUCGGUUUGGCUCCCAUUCUUUCUGAUCGUGAUGGUGAACACGUGGAGGAAAAUUUGGAAAGCAAGGAUGACCUUGCACUACGAGGUAGAGCCGCUCCUCACACGGUUUCAUCUGCACUCGCUGUGCAAGAAACAGAACAGCCUGAGAGCUCUAGGAGAUCCAAGUUGAUUGGCACAGAAACAGAGGAUGCGGAGGAAUGUAUAUCAACCAGUGCCCAUGCUGCUUCUAUUCCUGUUUCUGGGGUGUCAGACAUGGAUGCAAAAGUAGAAUUUGAUUUGAAUGAAGGCUUUAGUGUGGAUGAUGGAAAAUUUGGGGAACAUAAUAACUUGGCUGCACCUGGAUGUUCUGCUGCUGUUCGUUUGGUUAGCCCAUUACCUUUUUCUCUUCCUUCUGUGUCUAGUGGCCUUCCUGCUUCAAUUACCAUCACAGCUGCUGCAAAGGGUCCCUUUGUUCCCCCUGAUGACCUACUGAAGAGUAAAGGGGAACUUGGUUGGAAGGGAUCAGCAGCCACCAGUGCCUUUCGACCAGCUGAACCCAGGAAACCUCUGGAAAUGUCACUGGGAACUGCAAACAUUCCUCUUCCUGAUGCCACAGCUGGCAAGCAGAGUCGCCUUCCAUUGGAUAUUGACUUGAAUGUACCAGAUGAGAGAUUCCUUGAGGAUCUCGUUUCACGAAAUUGCACUCAGGAGCCUGGUACUUUAUCUGGGCCUAUGAAUAGUCGUGAACUGGCACGUGAACAACAGAUAGGUUCCAAUCUUCUCCGUGGUUCUGGAGGACUUGGUCUUGAUUUGAACCUAGUUGAUGAUGCUUCUGAUAUGGGGAAUUACGCAACAAGCAGCAAUACUCGUAGGGUAGAUGUCCCACUUUUGCCGAGAAAAUCAACAUCCAGCAGUGCACUUAAUGGUGCAAUGAGUGGUCGCAGGGACUUUGAUUUGAACAAUGGACCUGUAGUUGAUGAGGUGUGUGCUGAACCCUCGCAGUUUAGCCAGCAAGCAAGGAGCAGUCUGCCAUCCCAACCGCCUCUUUCUGGCCUCAGAAUGAACAAUACAGAAAUGGGAAACUUCGCACCUUGGUUUCCUUCAGGAAGCACAUAUUCUGCUAUUGCUAUUCCGUCAAUUAUGCCUGAUAGAGGGGAGCAACCUUUCCCAAUUGUCGCACCUGGUGGGCCGCAAAGGAUGUUGGGUCCCACUGGUAGCAGCAGUCCAUUUAGUCCUGAUGUAUACAGGGGGCCAGUGUUAUCAUCCGCUACUGCAGUGCCCUUCCCCUCCAGUCCAUUUCCAUACCCUGUCUUUCCUUUUGGUACCAGCUUUCCACUGCCAUCAGCCACUUUUUCAGGUGGUUCAACAACAUAUGUGGACUCACCAUCUGGAGGGAAGGUUUGCUUUCCUACAGUCCGUACACAGUUUUUAGGACCUGCUGGUGCUGUUUCAUCCCAAUUUCCUAGGCCUUUUGUUGUAAGCUUCCCUGAUGGUAACAUUAAUGGUAGUGGUGAGAGCAGUAGGAAAUGGGGAAGACAUGGCUUAGACCUUAAUGCUGGGCCUGGUGGCCUAGAUGUGGAUGGGAGAGAUGAGCCAUCUCUUCCACUGAGGCAUCUAUCUGUUUCUGGUUCACAAGCUCUAGCAGACGAACAAGCAAGGAUGAUCCAGAUGGCAGGUGGUGUUUCGAAGAGAAAGGAACCCGAGGGAGGUUGGGAUGGAUACAAGCAAUCCUCGUGGCAGUAGGGAUGAGUAAUGACACAAUCUAGUGAACCAUGAACAGCUUUGCUUUGAGGAUGGGUGUUGGCUAAUCCCCAGAGGCCGUCAUCUGACUUGUGUGAUUGUUAAGGAUGGGUGGUAAGUGAGUUAUCUGAUGUUGUUCAUAGUCUCCGACCCCCAUCCAUUCUCUGUAUCAAAUUGUAUUUUAGUGGAAUCUGUCUGGGGUCUACGAGCUACUUGUUACUUGAAUUUGUUCUGGGUGGCUGCAGAUCAAUUUCCCUUUUGUAGAUAUUUUAACUGUUCGAAAGCAUUUGAUCUCUGUUUCCCAGAACUCGAAUUUGGUGCCCCUACUGGUAUUCAGUGCAUCAACAAUAUAUGCCAUUGGACUCAACGCUUCCCUGCCUUGCCCCUCUUCCGGUAUGAAGGUUGGAUUGCAGAACUGAUUUUGAGCCAACACCUUUUGUAUGUGGUUUCUCGUUAAAUUAUUCUGUCUCUUCCCCUCCUAUCUACCAAUCAUAAAUAUAUAGAACUGACUGGUCACCGAAUUUUGGGAACUGAACUUUUCUUGUUUUGGCAUGGUUUAGUUGCUAUGUGCGAUGUUUUUUGAUAAGCUAUGCUUGAUGUUGUAUUCUACUUGCCAAAAAAAUGUAUUCUAUCUUCCUUUUAUUUAAUAUAUUCACACUAAAUUAGUCGUCAUGGUGGAUUUUCUGCCAGAUUGCUACAAGUUUUCUCACAUACCAUUCAAUUACAUGAGAGGCCACAUCUAGAAGCUUUUUACUUUUGAGGGUUUUGUUUUUUUGAGUUUGUUCUGCUUAUGCAUGCUGAAAAAAUGUUUUUAUUGUUUGUUGUGGUGCUGUUCACACAUGUGUAGUAAGAGAUUGCGACUGACAUUGACUGUAGUAUGUACCAAAACCGUCUUGAUGCUUGGUAAAAUUACACUGUUAACCCCCGUAAACUACCAUCUUUUUGCGAUGCGACUUAUAAAAUAUCGAAGUUGUAAAUUACUCUCCCUAUAGUCUAAGUUUCUCUUUGCACCCGUUUGACACAUGGUAGAGUGUGCGUUGCACUAGAGUUUCAUAUUGGGGGCUAAGUGAUCACUUUUAUUUGCUUGACUUGGUUGGAAGCUGUUUAUGUAUGUUAGCUGUGCAUAUUUAUUCCAUACCUGAGACUAGUAUUUUUUGUUAGAGUUGCUGUAUAUGGUUAUUAUGGAUUGCUGCGAAUGGUUAAUUGCAUAUCAAGAA